AUGAACGUGGAUCAUCACUCAACUCAUCGACACUUGACACCACGCCUUCCUCAUAUGCUGCCCCGUACACCACCUUGCUCUGGUUCGGCGACACCGCUCACAGAAGAUACGCGCUCGUCCAAACUUCUGUCCAAGUCGCAUCUUUCGCCGCAUCAUCGACAGAGAAACGAGGCAGAACAGUCAGACGCAGCGUCAGUCUCCCCUUCGAGCUCCCAAGCUGCCACAUUCUUCGCAUCCGACCGUCUUUCUUCAUUUGAUUCGCUAGUCCCAUCUGAAGGCCAUCACCGAAACAACUCCGCCGCCAGCGUACGCAGCGAUCAACCUCUCUCUUACUACGGCUCGGGCGAGAGCAAACCACCCACUCCGCCUGAGGCUGACACUUUUACCCAUCUCUCCGGCACCGGCUCCGGUGACAGCCGCAUAGCUUGCCAUUUCGACAUGUCGCAAGGCCCAUCCAUACCUCAGAUGUCACUGCUUUCGCAGGCAAUGCAGCAGCAUCUGGCGCGCCACCAGAUGGACAACAUGCCCGGCAACGAACAUCAUCCAACAGGCAGCGGCGCUCAUACUCCUAGCGGACCAGCAUUACCUUCACCAGCAUUCGCAGGCCCCGGCUCUCCCUUCAACUUUGGCGGUACCUCCAGCCCAGAUGCUGCAUCGAGACCGCCGUUUCCAAAUCAAGGUAGCUUUGGUGCUGCAGGUGCGCAGAUGCAGCCUUUUGGUUCCUAUCUGAGUCAAGGCCACAGUCGCAGGCCAAGCGGAUACUCAACCAACCCACAUUCAACUGCUCCAAGUGCCGGGCCCUCCCGAUCUUCUUCACCCUCCCGAGCUGGGUUCGCUUACAACCCGUCAUCGCAUCCAAUCGGCAUGCCACAUGCUGCUCAUAGUUUCAAUCAGAAUCAGCAAACGAUUGCAGGUCAGAUCGGCGCAGAGUACGGCUCCACCUUCGGAAGCCAAAGCACCCACACAGGAUUCCUCCCUCCACCGCACGCUGCCACAGCACCCACACCCGGCUCUUGGACCAACCAACCGGCUAUGGCAUUCGCACCGAAACCGCAGAACUCGUAUGUUUCUCAUCAGAUCGCAAUGAUGCCUCCAUCAGGUUUUCAGCCAUCACAUCACCAGGCACCUCAACAGCAACAACUGCCGCAAGGCGCGUUGCAGCUACCGCAUCAACCUUCGCAAUUCAGCAACCAUCGCGCUGGUCCAGAUAUCCUCCUGUCCCCUGAGACAGCUUCAUCCGACUUUGCUGGCUUCUUUCCAGCACCGACCCAAGAGCGCAAUGGCAGCAACCGUCACUCGACGGCUGAAACGCCUUCUCGUCAAAGUAUUGGCUUUGCGGAUGAGAUUGAAGCUGCAGCGCUACCUGCCAAGCUCAACAUGAACCGCCGAGGUUCUGCCGGCGCAGAAGACGAUCAUGUAGAUCAAAACCUCGAUCCAGAGGAGAUGACCAAGAAGGAUCCACUCGCUACGCAAGUAUGGAAGAUGUAUGCCAAGCAACGGUCACAGCUUCCCAACGGCGCCCGUAUGGAGAAUCUUACGUGGAGGAUGAUGGCAAUGACACUGCGCAAAAAGAAGGAACAGGAAGCAGCGGAAGCCAAGGCGGCACAGGAAGCACUAUCGAACGCGAGCAGAAGCCACGCUUCAAGCGUACGUCACUCUCCAACCCUUUCAUCAAAGUCAGCUGCCAACUCGCGCAGAAGCAGUGGCUCUUUCCUCGGCGAUGCGGCUGCUUUCGCUGGUGGGUUCACCGCAAUCUCCGCGGAUGGCACCGAUCCCGCCGACCCAUCUUCUCGUGUCAAAGGCAAAACGCGUUUCGCUGAAGUGCUGCAGCAAGAAGAGGAGGAGCGCGGGCGUCGUGGUCGUAGUCCCAGGACCCCAGAGGCUGCAGGACCGCCGGCAGGUGCAGUAGACAUUGUGGAUUGGAGGAUGAAGAGCAAGAGCCGUUCUCGUUCGCGCUCGGUGAGCGCCAUGGAUGUCGACUGGCGUGCAGCAAGCCGAUCGCGAUCUCGCGCACCCAUGCGCUUGGACACUAUCGACGACGACGAAGGCAAUUUGGAUGGAUCCAGCAUGUUCAGUCGCUCAGCACCCAACCCAAACGCAGGAGCUCCCUUCAGCUUUGCAGAUCUCGCGGCCUUUGAUGGCACCGAUGCCUUUGGCGCAUUCGAUAGUGCACUCGACACCGAUGAUUUUGCCGAUCUGCUUCAAUCCAAUGGUCAGAUGGGCAGUGGAUUGCAGAUACCAAGUGCAAUGGGUCCUGCACCUGGCACGAGCUUUGAGAUGGGUUCUGGAGGUGCCGCUAUGCGCAAGGCUCAGAUGCAGACGGCCUUCCGAAAGGAAGCGAACACAGACUUGUUUGGCUCUGACCUUGAUGCAUGGUACGCCAUGGCUGAAGCUUCCAACAAGGCCGCAGAAGCAAAGAAGGCAAGCUUGGACAUGGCCUCGAUCGGCGCAGCAAACAGCUUCGGUGCUCCCUUCUCCACCCUCGACAGUAUUCCGGGUAUCGGUGAUUUCGUCGGCAUCGCUGCUAACCAGCAUCCCGAAUACGGUUUCCUCCCUCGACUUGUGCGCAAGACCAGUUUCGACCACAAGGUGAGGGAGAGGAGCAUCUCGCGAGGUCCUCGACGCGAUCAGCUUGCCGCUGAAGCAAUGAACAACCGCAAGCGUCCCUUCCGUGACGAUCUUUCGCCUGCCCGACCGGCCAUCCAGAUGCCCAUCACUAUGGAUCAGCGUAUCGCUGCUGGUCUCUCGCGCAACAUUGCAUCGCUCGGUCCACGCGGCGCUGGAUCGUCCAUGCUGUCUAACGUGCCUACUACCACCUUCGACUUUGCCGUUCAUCAGCCAAGUGGUCUCAACCAACAGAUGCCUAUGAGGUCUUCGAGCCAUGGCAACGAGGCGGCGACCGACUUUGACAGCUUGCUCGAGUCCCUGGCCUCGCAGGCUGGCACUCCUAACAACUUCGUAUCGGGUGCCAGUGCUUCGCCACAAGCAGCUUUAGGUAGUGGCUCCGGUGCUUCGCCGAUUACACACACAGGUGCAGCCGCCAACCGGGUCCCGACCAACUUGCAAGCUGGUGCGCAGAACUCAUCUGAUCUUGAGGCGAUCAUGAACAUGUUCUACAACUCGGAUGCCAGCCUUGGUGGACAGCAGCCAUCUUUCACGCAUAUCAACCCGAAUCAAGUCUUUAAUGGUGGAUCUAUGGACGCUAUGACGGGCUCACUGGACAAUCUGACUGCGUCUGGCGACGAGGCAUCGUCCAACUGGACCUACAGUCCUUCGAGCAGCGCCCCUUCGAAUGCAGCCACGCCACCAAGAGUGCAACAAGCGCACUACCAGCGCUCGCCUCUCAACAACAGCUUCCGACGCGAGCCUCCAAUUGCACCCGAGCCGCGCUCGAACGCUUCGCCCAGCAUGCAAGCCAUCCAGAAGGCUGCUGCGAUGAGCGAAGCAUCUCGAGGCAAUACAGUGGGAGUUAUGUCCAGCGGUACACCCAACGGCACUCCUGUUCGAUCGGUAUCUGGAACAAGUGCAGGAUUCUCCACCAGCUCUGGAGUCAACCUCAAGGAUCUACCCUCGGCAAGCUCCAUGGCGACCGCCGACCCUCCUACGGUCUGCUCCAACUGUCACACCACCAAAACCCCGCUCUGGCGACGUGACCCUGAAGGCCAACCACUAUGCAAUGCAUGUGGCCUGUUCCUCAAGCUUCACGGUGUCGUGCGUCCGCUUUCCCUCAAGACAGACGUGAUCAAGAAGAGGAACCGUGCCAGCGGUGCACAGCGGAACGACGCCAGGGGUCGCGGCUCGAUCGGUGGUGGCAGUGGAGGCAACGCUAAUAUUGCACCAGCUGGUAGUGUCGGCAAUGCUAGCAGUUCUGGAAAGCCAGGCAGCGGUGGUCCCGGUACAGGCUCAGCAGGAGCGCCAAGUGGAAGAGGUAGAACCAACACCAAUGGCUCAGUAGCCGGAAUUCGAACCGGAAAUGUGCCCAUCGCUCCAGCUCCCACGCCACCUGUCUCGUCACCUGGUAGCACAGGUCUUUCGUCGGCUAAGAUUGAGAUGAAGCGACAGCGCAAGUGA